GGUAAUGGAAAAUCAAACUCAUGAAGGCAAAAAUGAGGAAUUUGACUUGGGGGAGAUAUUUUACGGCAGUCAUUUUCCGUUUCUUCUUCCCUCUCCGCUCUGGGGCAUCAAUCUCUCCCUCCAUAGCCGCCAUCUCAUAGCUUUCUUCCUCAUAUCGAAAGCGAAUCUUCACGGGAAAGGCCUGAAUCCUUGGCCAUGUAUCCUUUCAGGCCCAACCUCCUGAACACCCUCAGAUCCAUGAAAUACCUUCAGAGAAUGCGAUUCGUCUCCGCCGAUCGGGACAUCGCCGCCGCGGCUCACGGCGUCGAGAAGGAUCGGGAAGAUCAGAAAGCCUUGGACGACGGAAUCGCUCACUUAUCCAUCAAAUCUCUGUACAAGGUCACCAACAUGGAAGACGAGGUGCUUCCCCUAUUACUCUCUUCGGCUAUCAAUUUCAUCGCCUUCGCCGGCAAAAACCAGGACGAGGUCCAAAUCUCGCUUCCAUUCAGGGCCGCGGAUAAUUCCGUGAAGGAUGCGAAUCUCUUCGUCAAGAUCGUAGAUCCGAAAAGUCCCCCGUCAUUCACGAUGGUAGAUCCUCUCUUUGAGGCGACGCAAUUGGCUGAGAUGAUGGCUUGUAUGCUCGGGAUGGUUUUGUCGAAUGAUCAGACUGUAGUGGAGUCUGUUCAGGGCGGCGAGACUCUGCUGGUGAUGACGAGGAAGAAGGACCAAGAGGAAGUGCUCAGCAGGGCAUUGCAGAAGAGGCUGAGGCGGUUCAGGGACAGGAAAUUGAUGGGGAAGAAGUAUCUGGAGCACAUGUUGGAGCCAUUGAAGAGUGUUUGAGCUGCGCUGAAUGAUUGAUCCGUGUUCUUCGUCCCUGGUUUUUAUGGUUAAUUAAUUACUAGAUGUAAUUUCUUCUUGAUGUAGAAGGAGAGUUAUAUCCUUUGAUUUGAGAUUAUUACCCUAAGAUUUUUGGACUGUCUUAAAGUAUGAGCUGAGCUGAGCUAAGCUAAGAAGAGAACAGUUGAGAGUUAGCCUUUUUCUGGCUUUGUUAAAAAAAUCUGCUUUGCAUCUUAUCAUCUGUUCUCUUGUUUUAUUUUUCCAAUCAAUUAAUGUUGAUAGAUUAUAAUAUACUCUGUAUUUUACAAAAAUGAUGGUCUAGAUGAAUAAAUUGUGGUCUAGAUGGCACGGCGAAUGCCAUCUUUUAUAAAGGAGAUGUUUUUUUCUAAUAUUAUGAGUCGGCAGAUGAAUUUGGCGGUGGCUCCAUUAUUCACUGUACUGCCAGAGUUGAGUCCCUGUUUGCUCAAUUCACCUGGAUUCUUCUCUCCCUCUCCUCAGAUCAUUGAUUGGCUGCUUCAUCUCUCCCACAAAAUGAGAUCUGCUACCUUGGGGAGAAAAAACUCAGGUAUAACUU